CGCGCCCGGCGGCCAUCCGCUCGCCGCUCCCUCCUCUGGCGCGCUCCAGGCCGCGCCCUUCGCCCUCUCGCCUUCCUAGGCGGGCGGUGCGGAGCGGCUUGAAGGCCGGCGCCUUCUGCGGCCGCCCCGGCAGAGGGGAUGUGAGGGGCGGCCCGCGGCCAUGGAGACGGGCCCGGCGCCCCUAGUGGCCCCGCCGCGCCGCCAUGGCGCCCCCGCGGCCCCCUCGCCGCCGCCCCGCAGCUCCCGGGCCGGGCCCUUCGUGAUGGUGGCUCAGGGCCCGCCAAUGACCACAGCCACUUCGGCCCCGGUCACUCUCGUGCCCCCCGGGGCGGCGCUGCCAGCCUGGAUACCGGGGCCGACCCAGACCUCGGCUCCAGCCGCGGACGCAGCCCCGGCGGUCGCGGGCAGCACGGUGGUGGUGCUGACUCUGGAGGCCUCACCCGAAACCCCAAGAGCACAGGUCUCCCGAGGCCCAGAGCCCCUGGUGCCUGCAGCAGUGGCAGGAGACAAAAUGUCGAUGGCUCUGGCUCCUGGGGCACACUCUCUGAAGACGGAGGAAGCUAGAACCUCACCCGCCCCUGGAACAGGUAUCCCCACCAGGACCCCUUCCGGAACGGCUCCUGGGGCCCUGACCGCCAAACCCCCGCUUGCACCCAUGCCGGGAACCACAGUGGCCUCAGGAGUGACUGGACGGGUUGCAGCAGUGACAGCCGGACAGGUGACAAGUGGGCAUGGAGGUGCAGCAUCAACAGCACGGGCUACAGAGAACCCCUCGGGGCCUGGCACAGGCCCUCCCGGGACGUGUGAGACCCCGGUAGCUGUCGUGACGGUGACCCCAGCUCUAGAGCCUGCUGAAAACUCUCAGGACCUAGGCUCCACGUCCAGCCUGGGACCUGGCAUCUCUGGGCCUCGCGGGCAGGCUCCGGACACUCUGAGCUACUUGGACUCCGUAAGCCUCAUGUCUGGAACCUUGGAGUCCUUGGCAGAUGAUGUGAGCUCCAUGGGCUCAGACUCGGAGAUAAAUGGGCUGGCCCUGCGCAAGACGGACAAGUAUGGAUUUCUUGGGGGCAGCCAGUAUUCAGGCAGCCUUGAGAGCUCCAUUCCGGUAGAUGUUGCUCGGCAGCGGGAGCUCAAAUGGCUGGAGAUGUUCAGUCACUGGGAUAAAUGGCUAUCACGGCGUUUCCAGAAGGUGAAGCUGCGCUGCCGGAAGGGGAUACCCUCCUCCCUCAGAGCCAAGGCCUGGCAGUACCUGUCCAAUAGCAAGGAACUCCUGGAGCAGAACCCGGGCAAGUUUGAGGAGCUGGAACGGGCCCCUGGGGACCCGAAGUGGCUGGAUGUGAUUGAGAAGGACCUGCACCGCCAGUUUCCUUUCCACGAGAUGUUUGCUGCUCGAGGCGGGCAUGGGCAACAGGACCUGUAUAGAAUAUUGAAGGCCUACACUAUCUACCGGCCCGACGAGGGCUACUGCCAGGCCCAGGCCCCAGUGGCUGCUGUGCUUCUUAUGCACAUGCCUGCUGAGCAAGCCUUUUGGUGCCUGGUGCAGAUCUGUGACAAGUACCUCCCCGGUUACUACAGUGCAGGGCUGGAGGCCAUUCAGCUGGAUGGAGAAAUCUUUUUCGCGCUGUUGCGCCGGGCAUCUCCACUGGCACAUCGGCACCUGCGGCGGCAACGCAUUGACCCUGUGCUCUACAUGACGGAAUGGUUCAUGUGCAUCUUUGCCCGCACCCUUCCAUGGGCUUCAGUGCUGCGUGUCUGGGAUAUGUUCUUCUGUGAAGGUGUCAAGAUCAUCUUCCGGGUGGCCCUGGUGCUGUUGCGGCACACUCUGGGCUCAGUGGAGAAGCUGCGCUCCUGCCAAGGCAUGUAUGAAACCAUGGAGCAGCUGCGCAAUCUUCCCCAGCAGUGCAUGCAGGAGGACUUUCUGGUGCAUGAGGUGACCAACCUCCCAGUGACGGAAGCACUGAUUGAGCGAGAGAAUGCAGCCCAGCUCAAGAAGUGGCGGGAAACCCGGGGGGAGCUACAGUAUCGGCCCUCACGACGACUACAUGGCUCCCGGGCCAUCCAUGAGGAGCACCGCCGGCAACAGCCACCCCUAGGUCCCUCCUCCAGCCUCCUCAGCCUCCCUGGCCUCAAGAGCCGAGGCUCCCGGGCAGGUGGAGGAGCCCCCUCUCCACCUCUUCCUGCCCGCAGGGCCAGUGUUGGGCCUGCCCCAGGGCCAGUGGUCACUGCUGAGGGACUGCAUCCAUCCCUUCCUUCACCUACUGGCAAUAGCAUGCCACUUGGUUCCAGCAAGGAGACUCGAAAGCAGGAGAAGGAGCGGCAGAAACAGGAGAAGGAACGUGAGAAGGAGCGGCAGAAACAGGAGAAAGAGCGGGAGAAGCAGGAGAAGGAACGGCAGAAGUGGGAAAAAGAGCAGGAGAAGGAACGGCAGAAGCAGGAGAGGAAGGCCCAAGGCAGAAAGCUUUCACUGCGACGGAAGGCAGAGGGUCCCCCAGCUCCACAGGAUGGUGGGGACAGGUCUGUGGCUUCUGAGACCCGGCAGGAUGCUUACUUCUGACCUCUGUCCCGGGGCUGGACUGCAUGGCCCCCCUCUUUUUCCCUCAGCCAGGAGUGCUGCCUCCAACCUCCUGGCAGGAAAGUGGCUUGAUUCUCCAUCUCCUUGCUAGCUGCCAGGACAGUCAGAGUGAACAGGGCAGCUGCAUUUCCCUGGGCAGCCAUGACCAAGUCUGGAGCCCCUCACCUCCAAUUAGGCCCAGCUGGGGUCUCUGUCACUCCUACCCCAAUUCCCUCUGGGGUCCCUUCCCAGGUGCUGUCCUGAUUGGCUUUUUGUCACCUCAGGGGUGACUCUUGGCAAUGGGAGUCAGCAGUUUCCAGAUUCUUAUAUCUUAGUUGAUCCCCUUACCCAAGAAGUGGAGCUGGGUUCCUAUUUCCCUUCUUCAAUCCUGCCUGUCUCCACUUCCUGGCUGGGCCCAAGGCUCUCCUCACUCGAUUUCUGGACAUUUCUGUUAUAAUUAUGUACAGAAGACGUGGUCAGCCCAGGGUGGGGGUGUUUGCUUUGUCUUCUGUUGUUUGGUUUUCCUUCUACAGUGUUCUUACACUCAAGUUUAUUUAAGGGGACAUGCACUGGAACAGGAAUGUCCCCCACUUCCCCACCUACCACCCUCCUUGAUUUCCUUCCUCUUCACCCACCUUCCUAUGUACUUCCAGACAUCCCCCUGCUUUGUCUCACCAGGGCCCCCAUCUUUCACCUGUUCUCUUCUAUCUCUCCAGCCCCUUUUGGGGUGAGGGGUCUUCCCUUGAGCUCCAUGGGGUGGAACCCAAUGUUUACAUUCUCUUCUGUCUCUGCCCUACUCUGUGGCGCUUUGAGGAGCAGGAAAAGAAUCUGCUGUUGUACUUGG